AUGCUUGCGGCCAUAGUGGAAACGACAUUGGGUGAUGAUGUAUUUCGGGAGGAUAGAACAACGAGCGAUUUUGAAGAACACGUUGCCAAUAUUUCUGGACGAGAGGAUGGCAUGUUCGUGGUCACAGGUACAAUGGCAAAUCAACUCUGUCUACACGCCUUGGUCUCAACGCGGCCUUGUGGAAUCCUACUUGAUGCCGACUCACAUAGCAUCAAUUUCGAGGGAGGCGGUACUUCGAUCCUAAGCGGCGCAAUGCCGCAACCCAUAAAGCCAUCGAAUGGUAAGUAUCUAAGGGUGGAAGAUUUGGAAAAACACGCCAUCCUAACAGAUGAUGUCCAUAAAUGUCCAACCGGUAUCAUCUCCAUGGAAAAUACAGCUGGAGGUUGCAUAUUACCUUUGCAUGAGCUCCGUCGGAUUCGAGACUGGGCUAAAAUCCACGGGGUCAAGACACAUCUCGACGGAGCGAGGCUUUUUGAAGCAGUUGCCGCUGGUGCCGGAACUUUGAAAGAAUAUUGCACUUUAGUCGACCUGGUCUCGGUUGAUUUCAGCAAGAAUUUGGGCGCACCUAUGGGCGCGAUGGUCUUGGGCGAUCGGAAAUUGAUUCUACAAAUGCGACGGACUCGCAAAGCAAUUGGUGGCGGUAUGAGACAAGGCGGCGUCAUUACCGCUGCUGCGCGAGAAGCUCUCUUUGAGAAUUUUGGGGCGGGUGCAGUUAUCGAAAAUCCGAUGUUGAGCCGGGUACAUAAAUUGGCGAAGAGGAUAGGCGAGGAGUGGACGAAGAGAGGAGGUAAAUUAAGCAAAGAUGUCGAAACUAACCUGGUGUGGCUUGACAUUGAUGCCGCGGGUAUUGAGAAGAGCACACUUAUUGAGACAGGCAAAAAAUUUAACGUUGCCCUUGAUAGUCCCCGGAUUGUCUGUCAUCACCAGAUUGACUCGCAGGCCAUCAGAGAUCUUGUAAGACUCUUUGCAAAUCUUCUCGGCACAAAUACUGGGAUAAAUGGUGUUUCUGAGUUGGAGGUAUUGGAGAGUGGAGGGCUGGCUUAA